AUGCACACUGUACGUACAUUGGUUGCUAUUGCGGUUGUUCGUGGGUGGGUUCUUUAUCAGCUUGAUGUGAAGAACGCCUUUCUUCAUGGGGAGUUAAAAGAGGAGGUUUACAUGACUCCUCCUCCCGGCCUUGUGUGUCUCCGUGGUUUUGUUUGCCGUCUUCGACGUAGCUCUCUAUGGUCUCAAACAGUGCUCCACGUGCCUCGGUUUGAGAGAUUCAAAGACCGUCGCUUAGGGUCGGCCGGUUUUACUCGAGCAUACAUGAUCUGGCAGUCUUCGUACAUACUUCACCUCGAGGUCGUACCAUUCUCCUUCUGUCCGCUUCGAUACUUCUUGGGCAUUGAGAUCACUUCCCAUCCUGAUGGCUAUCGUUUAUCUCAGCAGCGUUACACUCUAUAUCUCCUUGCUCGAUCUGGUUUGACAGAUACUCGUACUGCUGCUACACCGAUGGAGUUACAUUUGCAGGUUCGUGCGUCUGAUGGGAUCCCCUUAUCUGAUCCUUCUCGCUAUCGCCAUCUUGUUGGCAGUUUGGUAUACUUAGCCAUCACACGUCCUGACAUUUCUCAUGCUGUUCACAUUCUCAGUCAGUUUGUUGUGGCCCCCACUUCUGUUCACUAUGGUCAUCUUAUCCGGGUGUUGCGCUAUCUUCGUGGCACUGUCUUGCGUGGUCUAUUCUAUUCACGUCAGUCCACUCUUCAGUUACAGGCUUAUUUUGAUGCUACUUGGGCUAGUUCUCCUAAUGAUCGAGUUUCUGUCACUGGCUACUGUAUAUUUCUUGGGUCUUCCCUUGUUGUUUGGAAGACCAAGAAACAGAAUACUAUUGCCAAGUCCAGUGCUGAGGCUGAGGUUCGUGCAUUAGCGUCUACUGUCCAGGAGGUCCGUUGGCUUCAUUCGAUUCUGUAG